CCGUAGACCUCUUCAGCCACUGUUGAAGGUCACUCUACAUGCUUCCCCAUUCAGCGCUGAAGCCCGCUCCCCAAGCCACUUCACCUUUGUCACUUUCCACUAAAGAAAGUGAGUGAAUGGACUGCCAUACUUUAUAGUGCUGCGUCAAAAGAGGCGGAGUAGAGGAGAAAAUUAAAUUUUUUGGGACCGGCAACGGGGGGGUGGGGACAUGACGUGCUUGAAGGAGGAGGCUACCCAUUGGCCGAGCGAGGUGUCAGUCCUGCGUGCUGCUGCAGACGGACAGGCCACUCGAUGAAUAUGGAUGAGAGCAGUGAAAAGGGUGAUGCGGCAGGGAAGACCCCCCCCCCUUCAAACCGAUGCAGGCUUGAACAAUGCGUGCCGUCUUUCACUGAAAACACUGAGAGCCUGCAUUAGCAUUUUUUCAGACAAUUGAGGCUCUGGCCAGCUGCAGGCAUGGCUCGGAUGCUGCGGUGAAAUCUCUUUUUCUGCACCCACUGAUGAAUUAGACCUCGGUGGAAAAAGUCGACUGGCCGCAUUCCUCAACACUACCAUUGCACCUAUGCCGAGGCUAACGUUCAGAUCCCCUUUAGAGAUUGUGCCCCGGCAUUGAUGGCGAUCUGACAGAGGACUUGAGAAGCAGCAGAUCUCAGAAUGGAGGAGGGUGAGUACUUCCUGAAGGUGCUGAUCCCCAGCUAUGCAGCCGGCUCUAUAAUUGGCAAGGGCGGCCAGACCAUCGUACAACUGCAGAAAGAGACGGGUGCCACCAUUAAGCUGUCCAAAUCCAAAGACUUCUACCCAGGAACAACAGAGCGUGUCUGUCUGAUACAGGGUACAGUUGAAGCCCUCAAUGGUGUCCACAACUUUAUUGCGGAGAAAGUCCGCGAGAUGCCCCAGAGCGCCCAGAAACCGGAACCAGUCAGCAUACUGCAGCCACAGACCACCGUCAACCCCGACCGCGUCAAACAGGCCAAACUGAUCGUGCCCAAUAGCACAGCUGGGCUGAUCAUUGGCAAGGGCGGAGCCACAGUGAAAGCAGUGAUGGAACAGUCAGGGGCUUGGGUGCAGCUCUCCCAGAAGCCAGAGGGCAUCAACCUCCAGGAGCGGGUGGUAACCAUCAGUGGGGAACCCGAACAGAACCGCAAGGCUGUGGAAAUCAUAGUACAGAAGAUCCAGGAGGACCCUCAGAGCAGCAGCUGCCUCAACAUCAGCUAUUCCAACGUCUCGGGCCCCGUGGCCAACUCCAAUCCCACUGGCUCCCCCUACGCUAAUACGGCCGAGGUGCUGCCCAACGCAGCCGCGGCAGCUGCCACUGCCUCCAGCCUCCUGGGCCAGGCCGGCUUAACAGGAAUGGGCGCCUUCCCCGCUACCAUGUCCACCUUCUCUGGCAAUGAUCUGCUGGCCAUCACCUCAGCCCUCAACACGCUGGCCAGCUACGGCUACAACACUAACACCCUAGGUCUGGGCCUCAACCCUGCCGCUGCUUCCGGGGUCCUUGCUGCAGUGGCAGCUAGUGCCAACCCGGCUGCUGCGGCUGCAGCUAACCUACUGGCCUCCUAUGCUAGCGAUGCCUCCGGCGGCGCUGGCCACCCCGCUGCAGGCCUCGGGGGCUUCUCCCUGGGUUCUCUAGCAGCUGCUACAGGGGCAUCCAAUGGUUACCUAAAUGCUUCGUCCCCACUGAUGGCCUCCUCCCUAUUGGCAACAGAGAAGCUGGCGGAUGGGGCCAAGGACGUGGUUGAGAUUGCUGUGCCCGAGAAUCUGGUUGGCGCCAUUUUGGGGAAAGGAGGGAAAACGCUGGUAGAGUACCAGGAGCUAACAGGAGCCCGCAUCCAGAUCUCCAAAAAGGGAGAGUUCAUUCCUGGUACUCGGAACCGUAAAGUUACCAUAACAGGGUCGCCGGCCGCCACGCAAGCAGCGCAGUAUCUGAUCAGCCAGAGGAUCACUUACGAGCAGGGCGUGCGCGCUACCAACCCACAAAAGGUGGGCUAAAAAGGAAAAAGAAGAGGAAAGAGGGAAAGGAUGAAGACAGAGAUAGAACGGAAUUGAGAGGGUCACGAUGAAUAGAAAAAAGAAACGUCCAAAUAUCUGUUCAAUAUUUCAGUCUCAAAUGAAAGAAUCACAAAGGAGGAGGUGGGGGAGACAUCCAAGAUAAGUGUGUGUGAUAUGUGAAUGUGUUUUUAGGACUGACGUCCUGAUGUUUUUUAAAAGUUUGUGUCGAGUCCUUUUGACGAUGGUGAUCAGAGUAAGCUGAACUGGUCCACUGCCAAGCUGCAGAUUCAAGGGUGAGGCCGCAGGGUUUCACCCUCCUCCAAAACCUCAUAGCUGUUUCUUUUCUUUUUGGGUUUGGGUUUUGUUGGUUUUGAUUUCGGUUGCAGACCUCGGCUCCCGGUGAGUUGAGCGGUUCAGAUGAAGUUCCAGCCAGCUGAUAGAGCUGUUUUACAAACCUUGCUCUUUGUAUACAAUGCAGAAGGCAUUGCUAACAGGGGAGAGGUUUUAUGACUAGCACCUGGGGUCAUCUCAGUGUAUGGGGAAGCAAUCUGAGUAUCAUUUCUUUAAAGAAAUCACAUCUAUGUUGACAUAUGUUGAAUUAUGGCUCGUAUCACAAUUGAAGUUUCUAAAUUUGGGUAUUUUAUAUUUGUUAUCCUUUAUUUAUUGACAUGGUCUCAUUCAAACACAAAUAGAUUAUUUAAACCUGUGAAUGCAGGUUGAUCUGAAUGUAAAAACAAUAUUAGCCUAUCGCUAUUUUUUAUUUACAGGGAUCAAAUAUUGUGUUGCAGUGAAAAAAAAAAAAAAAAAAAAGAUGUAUAACUCAACCCCAGUCUGAACUUCACUGUUGCUGUCUGCAAGUAUAGUUCAGGGGUUAAAUAAUCAAUGUGAGAGGAUAGAGGAGACACACAGGAAUGUAUGAAUAUAUUUCACACGAACACGCUUAGAUAACGCUCCCACAAACGCUGAAACACAUUUGCAUAUUCAGUCACAGCUACAAACACACAGAAAUAUGUUGUUUAACCCGUUCUUGGUGCUAUAGGAUUAGGUUUCUAUCUCCUUUACCAUGAAUUCAAAAUCUCUCUGGCGACUAUUCUCUUGGUUUAAAAAAAGCUGAUGUGUCGUCCCAGCCAUUAGUAGCCCAUUGGAUCUGACCCAGCCUCUCACCUACUGAAAAAGGAUUGAUUUCAGCCUUUCAUGAUAGAAAGCAAUCCAGUCUUAAUAUUUCAAGUCCAUCCGCGUUACCAAUGCAGGUCUUUCUUCUUUUUCUUUUUUUUUUCUUCACAAGAAAAUUGGCCAUACUCUUGAUUUUACCUGACAAAGUGUUUGCCUUAGUCACACAUUUGUAACUCCCAAGAAACAACUUAAAGCUCAGACUACCUUUGAAGCAGUGUCUAACCAGUUCAGUCAGCAAAGGGAACAAAAGCACUACAAAAGCAUUUUCGUAAGAAAAAGCUGUAUGAACCAAUAUCUGUGAACAAAGAAACGAUUGCCUUUACAUUAAGGGUACCAAAUAGUCAAGAGACACACACCAAUGAAAGGGAAGUCGAAUGACACUUGAAAAGAAGGUUUGGACUCACUUUCUUUUUCUUUUUCUUCUUCUUCCGUGAGCCGUCCUUCCCAAUUUGCAUCAAGACAAAAAAACGAUACUUCAGUUCAGGCAGCCUGUUAUCGUUCCAAAAACACGUUAACGCUCGCUGACUGCGGGUGGAGCACGUAAUAAAAACAUCGUGAAAUGUUGCGGCAUCGUUGUCUUUUAUGGGCAAUUGUUUGUCUAAUGCAGGGAGGCUAAUUGUCUAGAGCAUUUCCAAGCACUCGAAGAUUACCUUGGCUUCCUUCUGUGCUGCUAUCCAUGGUGUUCAUCCUGAGUACACUGGGUCUCUGAAGACUGCACUGUGAGACAUUAAGAACACAAUGUAAAGCAUGUCUGUCCCUAUCGGGAUGUGAGUAUAUUUUAAUGUGCACAUCUAUGUCACAUAAACCAGACCUAUACCAAUACUGACAGAAGGGAUAUAUUUCCACAAGAGCAUUUAUUCUCCAGCGUCUUGUGAUGUUUCUGUUUUACCAGUUCCAAUGCAUUGCACUUAAAUUAGCAGACUUUUUUUUUCGAUCAGCGAAACCACAAAUUAUUCCCUCCACACUUUUCCCUGCACUGUAUUUUCUCCAGUCCUAUUACGUUCCCGCUCCCCCCCCCCCACACUUUUUAAGACAUCUUUCAAUUGUCCCCAUCAACCCAAGCUCUAUGAUCAGCUUCCUGAAUACACGGCUGUGAGGGUUGGUGCUGAACAGUGUCCUAGAAAAUCGGAACCAUUCCCGUUUUUUUUGGGGGGGGGGGAAGGGAAUUUAACAAAUAGCCUUUUUUGUUUUUAUCUUUUCACUUUUCAUAAGUCAUGUUUAAAAGUAAACGGAUUUGGAAGUGUUUGAAACAACUUUUUGUGUCUGAACAUUGCAACAGUGAGCCUUUCUUCCUAACUGAAAUCUCUCCUUUCACUACGUGUCUGGAAGGCUUCACUGUCAUCCAUAACUACGUACAAUCUGGCCACCGAUGCAAUCAUAAAAAGCAUAAAAAUGACCUGUUACUGCCCAAGAGUUUAGCAUAUAAUAAGAUACAAGCACAACAACAACAACAACAAGGGGAUGUUUUAUCAAUGCAACUGGACUGCUUGACUGCAGGGAGCUCUCCUUCAAAGCUCUCGGAUCAUUACAUUGUGCCAAACACUAUUUCUCUCUGCCCCCUUCAUUCAAUUUCCUCUUUCUCUCGACAUUUUAUUCCCCUGCAUGUUGCUGUCCCUCACCGCUCUGAGGUUCCUCCUGUGUCCUAAUCCCUGUCUGUGCUUCUUCCUACACUGUGCUCUCCCCCUCUUUCUCCUUUCCUCCUUGUCUUGUCUUCUCAUGGGUGGCGUGUUGGGUGUGCUGGUGGCGGGAGUUAUGCACUAUAGGUCAUAAAGGGUAAGAAAAUAUUUCCCCAGGCCGUAGAGUUCACAAGGCUAAAAUGCACAGAAAAACACCUGCCUCCGAAACUGUGACACCCACAAGACCAACCAGCAACGUUCAACGCUCAAAAAUAUCAAAUUCCCUCUAGAAGAAGAACAUGUAGGAUUUAGAAACGUUCCGACCGCGAACUAUGGCCUUUUUUUAAGGGAAGAGAACGUGCUGUUUUUUUUCUCCCAAAAGAAGGCAGAUCGUGGUUGAAUAGAUAUUCACACGUCGGCUGAACAAACCGAGCUCAAGUUUCAGCCUCUAAUGGAAGCGUAGUAAGGACAGAACGCGUAAGAUAGUGAGAGUAAGGUGGGAACUUGUUUGUGACCUCAAGCCGAAACAAUGACAUCCUUUAUGCAUAUCCUCUUAUCUGAAAAAUGACUAGAAUUCAUUUCUGUGGAAUACAAUAUGUCACGUCAUAUGAUCUAUAUGUACUUUAUUGUAGCUAUUCUAGUUUGUAGUCCAAAUGCAGUCCAGCGUUGUCGAUACAAUGUGAACUAUGUUAUAUUUGUGUGGAUGAUGAGAGUGCCAACUAAGCCUGAUUAAGAUUAGCUUCGCAAAAUUUGUUUGUGCAUUAUGAUGACUCAUCAUCAACCGGUGGUGUCCAUAUUUCUGUCAUUGAUGAUUUAGUUUGACAGUAAGAAAAUGUAAAGAAUAUUGGAAGCAAUAUAGUAGCAUGUUGUCCUGUUUUGUGUUUCAUGUCUGUUGUAUGAACCUUUGAAAUUACUAAGAUUUUUGAAUGAAUAGGUUUACAUGUACUUUUUGUAAGUUAUGAAAAUGCUGCUAUUUGAUAAGUAAACUAUACAAAAUAUUUUAGUUGAAAAGAUGUCUGGUCUGUUAAAUAGAAACAUGCUCUAAACGGCUGGAGCAUAAAACGAGGUGUAUAGACUACUAUACAGUAUUGGUAAGAUAGUUAAAGUAAUAAUAGACUCCAUAGUUACAACCUGUGCCAAACUAGACCUCCGCAGCUUCUGAAAUUGUAGAUGUGCGAUCAAAUGUUAGAUAUCAAUAACUUGUUUAGAAGUGCUGAUCAAAGUGCCAAUCAAACACUGUCUUUUAAGUUAAGAAAAAGAUAAUCAAAUACAUAACUUAAGAAAACAAAGAACUUUUUGUGCAUUGUUUUUAUCCCAUAGGUACAUAGAGUAAGAGUUAAAGAUUGUGAUUUUUAUGGCUCCAUGUUGUUUUACACGCCAUGCAUCCCUUGUGUGUUUGUUUGACCUGUGGCUUCAGUACUGCUGUCUCACAAAUGUCUCUAUAGGCCAGCAUGGACUAAGCAUAACAUGUUAUAAGCAUUCAUAACAUACCAUUAACAAUCAAAAAUGUGUUUGUGGAGUUAGGUGUUAUCUUUUUGCACGUCUUCUAUUGCAUGGUAUCAAAGUAAAUUAUGGAGGAAAACAAAAAAAUUUACAAAAAUUUUGCGAGGUGUCUCGCAACAUUCAAAGACAUUACGCUGCAUGCAGUCAAAUGUAAAGCACUUAAGUUUACUCGCCUCAUGUUAAAAAAAAAAAAAAAGUUGUUUUUUUUUUAAAUGUUGUGAGUUGGGAGGGAGCUCAUUAUUGUCAUGUUGGCCCGAAAAAAAAAGGCACACACACACACACAGAUCAAAUCCUCAUCGAUCAAGUUCAUGUCUCUAAACAUCAUCCAAGAAGAUAUUUUGGUUUUUAGGUACAGUGAGAAAUGUGAAACAAGCAAACGUGAAAAUGUUAUUCAGUGCAUUGGCUCCUUGUGUUUAGCUUUUUUUUAGGAUAUCAGGCACACAUUUCUUUGACAAACAGGUUGAACCUCAUAUAACCUGUCCCAUAAUGAUUUUUUUUAGAUUUGUCACAGCAUGAAAGCCCAGAUCUGAUCUAUGAAUGUACCCAUUUACUCUUUUUAUUUUAUUUAUUUCUGUCGAAUGUUACCAGUCUUUAAUGUAAAUUCAGGGCAGGAAUGUCAAAUACAUGUAGAGUUAAUAUCUAUGUCAAUAACAGAUUUCAACUAUAGUCAGGUAGGCCACACACGGCCAUAGUCAUGAACAGAUAUGUUUUUUAACACAACUUCCGAUUCGCUGUCAACAUUAUCUUGUUUGUUUGGUGUUGCAUAAAUGCACUUUACUGAUCAGUGGGUCAUAUUGGGUGUGAAAUGAAGCAAAACCAUGUUGGCUUUCAACAGUAUUUGAUUUGUUUUUGCCAUUCUUUGUUGCUCUGAUGUUAUUAUUAUUAUUUAUUCCCUGAUCCUGUUGGGUCUCAUGAAUGAUGGAAAGGGCUGGAGUCUCAGACAAAAUAGAAAAGUAGCACCUGUUUCCUCACUCGAAGGCUUCUCCUUCACAUUCCCUUCAGCAGAGGUUUGUGUCAAUCACUGAGUGCUUUUGUUUUUGAACUAACUAUGUGAAACCAGGAGGGAUCUGUACACUUUUGUGCUUUUGCAUCCUCCUUUUUUCUUUUUUUUUUUUUUUUUGCUUAAAAUUUCAAAUUAGAAAAAUGUGUUUCAUAUCUCCAGCAAAUUGGGAUUGAAGCACUGGGCUGAAGGUACUGAGGGAUGUAAGCUCAAAGUCUGGCUUAUGUAACAGUCAGAUCUGAGAGACAUAAUCGGCACCAGCAUAAAUGAAGAUUGCCUCUGCCACCUCAACGCGAUACAAAUCACAUCACAGAGGAAAACCCGUUAGACUUUGAGUAGUAAAGGCCGCGUUACAUGAAUGAUGUUUCUCUCAUUCUUUUGUGUCACCACCCCCCCCCCGCCCUUGCAUCUACCGCUUCACAUCCGAAAUGCCAAACGAAUUACAGUAUCAUUCCAAAAGUUGUUUUGUUAUAUAUUUAUUUGUUUUUUCACUCCAACUGUGUCCUGGACGUUCAUCCGCCCCUCACGGAGCCCUUUCACAAGAAGGCUAGGACUGGUUUUAAACACAUACAAACUGGCUAAGACUGCUCGCUCCUCUCUUAAAAGCUCUUCCCCCUGAGUGUCACUCUCUCAGCCCACACCACAUCGCCAUUUGUGUUCCAUCACACUGAGCACCUGCUACUGUGUCCGCCCUUUAAACGGAUUAAGGUAUUUCUGAGCCCUUUCGUCUGAGAAAAAUACAGGAUUCUUUGCCAACCUGACAUGAGGCCAUUUUUCUUUUUUUGUCUUUGACCCUCUGAACCUCCCAUGAACUUAGUUGACCUUCUCCAUCCCCCAAGAACACAUGUUAUGUGUUGGAUAUUUUACACCUCGUUAUCUGUCAAAACUCUGCGAGACUGUUCUUUUGUUUUUCUGGUUAUCUGGACAAUUCUGCAGGGUUCCAAUGCUUGCUUUAAGUGUAAACUGAAGAAAGCAUGCCAGUACCUUGCAACCAUUUUCACGUCAUUGUAAAAUUUCUUUUCCGGGUUUCGGUUUUUUACUUCGUUAAACCUCUGUUCUUUCCAUCUCGGAAAAAAAAAAAAAUGGACUGACAGCAUAAGAUCAAAUAUAUUCCAACCUAAGAAAAGUGAUGUUUUGUUGAUUGGGUACAUUUCUCUUUGGUAUUAAUGACAACGGUUCUGUCUUACGUUUGUGACGAGGAGAAUCUGUGAAAGUCCACAAUGUUAACUACCUAAAGGGCUUUCUAGGACAGCAUUUAUAUGUCUUUUAAAAUGAAAAAAAAAAAAAAAGUCCUCUGAAUAUAUUCAGAAAUGAGAGGGACAUGUCUUCUUGUGCCAUUUUCGAAAAAGUGUGAAAGCUUUUUAUGGCAAAUAUUUGUCCGAAAGAGUGCCAAAUAAUUCCAUACUGAGCCAAAAGGCAGCCAGCCUACAUAACUAAAUGUUAGAUCACUGGAAUGGUUACGUCCCAUCUCCACUCCCCUUGAUAAACAUCACCCUAAUUGUGCGACGUUUGAGCUCAUGUGCCAUUAUUGUUAUGCUGCCAGUCUGUUUUCUGCUUUUGUCAGAGAAACAUCUCGGAAGCAGUAUAUUUUCUAAAUGAUACACUGUUGGUGAAAAAAGACAACAGCUACUAUGGCGAGGAAGUGAGAGGAUUUUAAAAGUGUCAUUGUUUUUAUUAUUGGUUUAUUUGAACAUUCUUCAUUAAUAGAUUUAACGGUAAUGACUAUUUAAUGUAACUGUAGUACUGUGUUUGUAAAAGAAAUUCAGUGAGUUGUGUUUUAUGACUCGUGGACUACCAGUGAAGUCAGCAUUUCAGUGUUAAUAAUUGAAUUGUUUUUUAAAGAUUAUUUUUGCGACGGCAACAAAGAGUCAUUAUAAAUGUUCAUUUUAACAUCA